AUGGGCCCCAUUGUCCUCCCGAAGCGUCUGUGGGUCCAGCUGCCGCCGGGCCUGGAGGUGGUGCUGCUGCAGCCCGGCGGUGCGCAUCCAACCCACGUGCGACGAGACCUCAGCAUCCCCACCUACGGGCUCCGACAGUCCAUCUUGCUGAACACCAGGCUUCAAGACUGCUAUGUGGACUCACCAGCUCUCACCAACAUAUGGACGGCCAGAAAGCGUGCAAAGCAGAACACACGUGCCCCCGCGCCGAGUACCACCUCUUCUUGGGAAGUUGUAAAGAAUCCACUGAUUACCAGUUCCUUCUCCCUGGUGAAGCUAGUACUCAGGAGACAACUGAGGGAUGAAUGCUGUCCCAUGCCGUGCAAGUUUGAAGAAGCAAAACUCUCGAAGGGAUUUCAGGCCAAGGACAACUCGGCGAUGAAAGCCGCGCAACAGCACAGGACUGGAAACUCCAUUAGUUCUAAGAGCAGGCGGCCAGCGGGACAGCGGCCUGGCUUCUCUAGGUGCAAGAGGCCUGCAGGAGGCAUCAGCGAGAGUAAAGAAAGUUCAAAGGAGAAAAAAGGAACCGUCCGCCAAGAUCUUGAGGACAGAUAUGCUGAACAUGUGGUCACCAGCCAAAUGCUACCCUGGGACAGUGGGACAGCAGCCUGGAAGGGCCAGGCAUUCCUUCCUGAGUCCAGAAAGAGACAGCCACUGCCAGAGGACACGCUCACCAUCCAUGGCCUCCCCACAGAGGGUUACCGGGCUCUGUACCACGCUGUGGUCGAGCCCAUGCUGUGGACUCCCUCGGGGAGUCCCAGGAGGUACAGCUUGGAGCUGGGCAAGGCCAUUAAACAGAAGCUCUGGGAGGCCCUGUGCAGUGAGGCCGCCAUCCUCGAAGGCGAUCAGGAAGACCCGUCGCCAGACAGGAAGCGACCCCACGUCAGUGAGAAGCCUGUGCAGAAGAAAUGGCCCAAGUUAAAGAGCGAGAGAUAG